AAGGGCAGAGGGAAGGUAGUGACACGUGUCAAUCAACCCCCUCCGGGGGGCGCGCGCUCCGGGGCUCGCGCCGAGGGCUCGCGCCCCUGCCUCGUGCCUGCGCCGCUCGUAUGUAAAUGAGGGCGCGUGACGCGGGACGCAGAUGGACAAGGGAAGAGAGAGAAUGGCCGCUGCCGCCGCCGCUGCUGCCGCCGCCGCCGCCGCCGCCGCUCAGUGCCGGAGCCCUCGGUGCGCGGCGGAGAGGAGAGGAUUCCGGCGGGAACUCGACUCUUGGCGCCACCGCCUCAUGCACUGUGUAGGUUUUGAGAGUAUUUUAGAAGGGCUUUAUGGACCACGGCUACGAAGAGACCUCAGUUUAUUUGAAGACUGUGAACCAGAAGAGCUGACUGACUGGUCUAUGGAUGAAAAAUGCUCAUUUUGUAACCUACAGAGAGAAGCAGUCAGUGAUUGUAUACCAUCUCUUGAUUCUUCACAGUCAACACCAACAGAGGAGCUGUCAUCUCAGGGCCAGUCCAACACUGAUAAGAUUGAAUGCCAAGCAGAAAAUUACCUAAAUGCACUCUUUCGAAAGAAAGAUCUUCCUCAGAACUGUGAUCCUAACAUUCCCCUAGUUGCUCAGGAAUUAAUGAAAAAGAUGAUACGUCAGUUUGCAAUUGAGUACAUUUCAAAAAGUGGUAAAAUUCAAGAGAAUAGAAAUGGUUCAAUUGGACCAAGUCUCCUAUGUAAAAGUAUCCAAAUGAAUCAAGCAGACAACUCCCUUCAGGAAGAGCAGGAAGGCCCCUUAGACCUCACUGUGAAUCGAAUGCAAGAACAAACUACUCAGCAAGGGGAUGGAGUGUUAGAUCUCUCUACAAAGAAAACCAGCAUAAAAUCUGAAGAGUCAUCCAUAUGUGAUCCUUCUUCUGAAAAUUCAAUGGCUGGUUCAACUGUUGAUGCAAAAUCAGAGGAAGCUUCUAAAAUGGAAAAAGGAAAAUCAGCAUUAAGCAAAGUUUUGGAAUCUUUGUGCAUACAUCACCAGCAACAAGUUUUGGCUAUGUUGAAAUUUCUAGUCCAAGAGCAGAAUGCUACUUCUCUUUGCUGUUGUAAUGCAUCAUGUGCUGUGUCUUCAGAAUCUCAAAAGCCCCUAUUUGAAGAUGAUUUACAUGAUCUGUUCUGUAGUUGUGAAUAUAGACUGGCAGAAAGAGGGUGUUUACGAAGUGAAAGACAAAACCCUGGUUUAGUGCCUCUGCCAGUCUGUAUUAAAGAAUUACAUUGUUUAUCUUGCCAAACUGUAACCAUUGAGCACAUUAAGACAGUAAUGAAUAGAGGAAUUGCAGAUACUUACAAUUCUCACAGGUGCUGUUCUGGACUGUCACCAAACAUUCACUCUACAAAAUCAGCCUUUCAUAGUCCUCUUUUGUCAAGGGAAGUAUGUGAUCUUUCAGUCAGUCUUAAAGAUGUAUGUAGAUCUCGAAGUCCCUCACCCCCACCAUUAUCACCUGUGCAGACUGAAGGAUUUGAAAAACUGGUAGAUGUCAUCUCAGAGUUUUCAGCCUUAGAAAAUAACAAACUUGAAACAAAUACUAAUCAGCCUCCAUCUCUAAUACCAGCAGAAAUAAGCAGCAACAAGGGUGACCAUGAAGUCAAAAUACAUAAAACUAAAAAAUCCAGUAACUCUGAUUCUUUACUCUCAGAUGCCAGUGGUAAUUGUACUCCAAAUUAUGAAAAAGGUGAAACUGCUGUAAUUUUUCAAGAUUUAAUGGAUCGCAUUAAUGAAAAAUUAAAAUCAAUAGAAACCACAGAUAUGACCAAUCUUGUAAAGUUAUCUAGCAAUGAUUGUAAUGCAGAUAAUGAUUUUAAGUUGGGAAAUUUAAUAACGUCUCUCUUGCAUAAUGCAAAGGCCAGUGAUUAUAGUUUUAUGGAAUUACUGAGUCAACAUGAUAAAAAGGUAGAAAAUAAAAUUAUUCAGACAAGAUUUCGAAAGCGUCAACAAACUUUAUUUGCAAUGCACAGCUCUCCUGAUUCACCAGUCAUUAGAAGGCAGUCUUUACAGAUCAAAAGAGAACUUGCUAGUCUUGAUGGAAAUUUUAUGAGGAAAAAAUACAAUGAAAAAUAUUCAAGGAAAUCGAUGCACAAUGAUGAGGUACUUUCGUCAGACAAAGAAGAAUUCCAUCAUUGUCAAGUGCCUUCUGUACAAAAUUCAAAAUGCUUUCAAGAUAAAAAUCGUGCAGAAACAUUUCCACCAAAUUAUACCCUUCAGUCAUUGCAACUACCUCUUAAUAGUUUAGAAACUAACUUGGCUUUUGAUGAAAUUUCAGAAAACUUUAAUAAAACAACUACAGCCGAGAAAAUAAGCAUAAGAAAAUCACAAGAGAAUGCUGCAGCUGGAAAAAAAAAAUUGCAAAAUAAUGGGGAGAAUCCAAAAUUAGAGAACACUCGAACUCCUUUGAGAAGCGAUGUUUCUGGACUUCUGAGCAGAACUAAACGAAAUAUUGUGCCUCCAGGGUGGUAUUCUAUAUAUGUAACAAAUAAUUAUGUUUUCAAAAAAUCCCCUAAGGCCAAAAGAGUGUCUGAAUCCACACACAAAAAAGAUGUGAAAAAUAUUCAGGUUGAAAACUCACAGAAUAUAGAUCUAAACAAAAUUGCGAUGAAUUCGAAUUUACAAGUUGUCGUGGAGCGUUUGGAAGAUACAAUAGGUAUGGCCAAAAAGUCUUGGAAUAAUGGACCAUUAUCAGAAGGAUAUAAAGCUUCUAAGAAACUGAUAGAAAUUGAUGGUACUGGGAGAAAUAAGACUUCUACUUUAAGCAGAAUGACAUGCGAAGAGCAGGGUUUAUCAAAAUCUGCAGUGUCAUCAAGUAGUGUUAUCCAAAGUCUGCGGAUGCCUCCAAUGGAUUUGAAUAAUAAGAGACUUGAUAAUCAGAAAAGGUCUUCUGUUUUAGAUACAGGUAGCUUGAUUUCUGGUGUUGAAAAUAUGCCAACAAAGUGUGAAGGUUUUGAAAACUCUUCUUUUUCGAACUAUUCUAGUCCUAUCAAACUCAUGUUUCUAUCGGAAAUUAAAAGCAGUGAAGGAGUCAAAUAUACAUUGACUUCAGUUGGUACUUCCCAAUCAAAUGCUGAUGUUCCUUCUGAGAAACAUGUAACCCAUCACAUAAUUGGGAAAAACACAGAAGCAAAUGAGGAUAUCCCAAAUGCUCGCUUUGAAAAUUACAGUUUUAAUCAUGACACUGAUAUUCUUCAAAGAGAACUAAACAAAUGCAAUUGUGUAAAAGAACCUGCAGAAUCUUCUGCAGUAUUUUCAGAUGAUUUGAAUAGGGAUAAGCCACAAGAAGAAUCGAAGGGAAGUUCAAUCGUUGCUGUUGAUUCAUCUUUCAAAAGAAAACCAGGUAGACCCAAAAAAAUAGGUCCCCAAGUUGUGAAACAGAUUAAACGACCAAUUGGAAGACCACCAAAACCUAAAACUGAUCAAACAGACAUCACCAUUUGCCAAAAUGAAUCCUUUAGUGCUGGAAGGAAGAGCCCAGAAUCUCUCCUACCAGACGUAAAAGAAGGUAUUUAUAGAAAGAGUAUUACUGUAACUGUUAUUUAUGGAAGGUCAAGAAGAACUAAAAGGCAUGUUUCUGAGGGAAGUGUAAACAUCAGCAACAUUAUGUCAUUAAACAAUAAUGUUGGUGAUUUUCCAACUGAACAUAAUAGUCUCAGAAAUACUAGAGAACAUGAAAUUGACUUGAGUAAAAGAAUAAGUGCUGUGUCAAGUUUGACUGCUGCAAGAGAGAUCUUGGGGUCUGACUUUGAGCAUGUUAGGCCUGUCAAGAACAAGUGUGUGGUACCUCAGCCUCCUAAGAACAUUACUCGACCAAAUCAGAAGCCUUUGGCAAUAAUUAGGAAGCCUGGAAGGCCCGCAAAAGUUAAAAUCUCUGGCAUAUCUGUGACUAUUAAUAGAAUUUCACCUCAGGAAAGAGAAGUAAGUAUUAGCAGCUGCUUACCUCCUCUAGAACAGGAGAAUAUGUUAGAAAAAUCUCUGCCUGAAGAAAUGCAUGACCAAGAAUGCAAUAAGAUGGAUAAAACAAGGCAUGCUGAAACUGACAUAUUUAAAAAUGGAUCAAAAAGUGUGAUUGCUACUCUACCUUUGAGACAUUCUAUUAGGGACAGAAAACCAUCUCUGCAUUUCUUGCAUUCAUUAGCAUCUUCUAACUCACUUAUUUAUAGAAAUGCUCUGCUUCAUAAAUCAUAUAAACCCCAUAUGCAGAAAGGCAAAAAUCAGAAGAAAAAACAUGCACAGUCAAGGAUAAAAAUAACUUCCAAAGAUAACCCAGGAACUAGACAUUCAAAGAAUGCAAAAAAGUGUUUGGAAGAUAACAAAUUAAUACCCAUUUCUGAAGUAUCCUUGGACCCUAUAAUUUCAUCAAACUCUUUGCUCAGGUGGUGGGCUACUUCUACUUCAAGUGAUUCCUUAUUAGAGGAAUUAAACAGUAGAUUUGAGCAAAUAACAAAUGCUUGGGUGCGAGUGAGUGGAGAUGAAGCUGAAGGUUUUGCUCAUAAAAAGAAAGAAUACAUUGAAAAUGAUCAUUUCCAAGUAGCCAAACCUUUGGAGACUUGUCUUUUAGAACUUGAAGUUUCACCUGUAAAAAUGCUUUUUCAGAAAAAGUAUGAUUUGAAUGAACUGUGUACUUGGUUUAUGCAGUCAACAGAAACACAGUCUCUUUCACUAGUUAGAAAAGCAAAUGCUCGGAAUCCUUUGGAAGUAAUAAAUACCAAGGGAAUUAAAUUAGGGGCCAAAUAUUGUGAUUUUAAUACCAGCCCCUUUAGAAAGCACUUUAAAAAAUUUGCACUCUCUUCUCCUUCAAAAUCAGGGAAGUUGCAUAUACUGCAUAAGAUGGUUAGUUCUCCGCUCUUAAAUGUGAAAAGUAAUUUAACACUAGCUAGAUUGAAAAGGACUGAGUUUAAGAGGUUGCACCAUGAAAGGUGGAGAAGAGAGGGAAAGCUGCAUAAUUAUGGAACUGUUGAUUGGAACUCUAAAAGGAGAAACUUAAGAUUUUUCUGCCAGAGACAGUUUUUAAAUAAGACCGAGGGGGGAAUAAAUACUGACAUCCCACUCAGUGGAAAAAGCACAGUAGGUAAUCAGUGUACUUUGUCACCUGAGAUCAGGGAUAACUUUUUGCAAGAGAAGGUGGCAAUGCCUGACUUGAAAACACAUCCUAGUUUAGAAAAUAAAUUUAAGUCAGAAGCAAAGGAGAAUGGAACAAAUUGCAGCCAAAGAGAUUUUGAAAAGAGGCUAGGAAAUCUGUGUCCAAAUAAUUGGAGGUCAAAAACUUUGAAAGAUUGUAGGAUAUUUUUAAGGAAGAUCAAUUAUCUUGAACACAGAAAUACUUAUAAGCUAAAUACAAUCAUUUACUCUCCUGAAUCUGUUGACAGUGGAAGUAAUCAUCAGACACAUGUAGAUGAAUCAAAGCGCUGUACAUUAAGAUCCCAUUCUGCUAGGCAAAAUUAUUUUAAAAAGCAAACUAAAGAAAUAGAAAAUGCUAAAGCAAAUAGUCCUUCACCUGAUAAAUUUGCUGACCAACUUAGCAACAGUAAGUUAAGUAAAUGUGUUAAUUUUGACAAGAAUCCUUCUGAUAGUUCUCAAGUUCUUAGCAAAUUGAACAAAAGAAAAAGACCACCAUGGAAGACCACAGAAAUGUCAACAAAAAGACAUAAACGACAGUCUUACAACAGUGGACAAAUGACAAACUAUUUUUCAAAAUCCCAACUAGGUAAGUUUUUCUCUCCUUAAUUUUAAAGUUUCAUUGUAGGUGCCUUGAGUAAAGUGUGAAAUUAGUAGGUAGAAAAGAAACAGCAUAUUCAAUUAUUACUGAUUUCUAAGAUACUUGGACAACCUAAUUUCUUGGCACCUAGUAUGAAACUCAUGAUGUUAGGUGCUGCCAAAUGUACUAGUGCAUUUCCCCAUUAAUGUGCCUGGGAUUUCCAAGUACAUACAAAUAUAUUUAGUAGAGACAUAGAAAGCUUCUUUACUAUAUAUUAUUAGUAGAAAAGUUAUAUUAUCUGCUUUUGCAUUUGAUCUAAUAUAAAAUCAGAAAGCAAUAUGCCAGAUUAAUACGACCAUGUAACUAAAAAUUUGCUACACUGUAGGCUAAUAUGUAUUUAUUCUAUUGAUAAAUAGCAACUAUGAGAUCAUGCAGGCUAAAGUAAAAACUCAUUGCUAAAGAUUAUAACAUUGUAAUCCUAGGAAAUCAGUCUCCCAUUCACCAUCAAGUUGUUAUGCCAUUUGGUACUGUUUUGGAACUUAAUAUAAGACUGCUUAUUUGAAAAAUAUAGGAAUGAUAUUUUUUCAAUAAAUCAGCAAACUUGUUGAGUAGUUUAUUUAUUUUCAUCUCAGACAUUGAGCUCAUUUUCACUAAUAGAAAGAUGAGAAUUUCUUUCCAUAGCCUAUUAAGGGAAGAGUCAUGUGCAUGUUAGGUUCAUGCUACAUUGAGAAUGCAAGCAAAUUACUUGAACAAAUAAUAUAUCCCUUAUUCAGUUAUACUGACCUGAUAUUGGUGCUUCAGAACCUAGAACAAAUAUGAUACAAACACUAGUUGCCAAUAUAACCAUUUCCAUCUCUGCUUAUUAAUAAGUGCUAGAUAAUGCAGGAAGGAUAUUUAGGAGUAUGAGAAUGCUUAUUGCUGACUUCCUUGUCAUGAAAGAAUGCCAGGCUACAUUUGGAAAUUUAAGAAUACUUUAUACUGAGGAAGUAUUGGUGACCUUUUUUCUGAUUACCUAUUUUAAAACUUUUUAAAAGGUAAAAUAAGUAGUAUUGUGUUUUAUAUUAAAAUAUUAAAAGCAGUAGUUCUUUAAUAGGUUAAUGAUUUUUAUAGGCCCAAAAUUCAAUUAUUUAACUGAGUAAAUUUAAAAUACCCAUUCCAGUAAUAUCUAGCAUGUAUUGACUAAAAUUUCAAAUAUUUAACAUGCAGUGAUUAAAAUGUCAAAGGUAGCCAAAAUAGGAUCCCUAUUAUGAAAAAGAAAUCAAAACUAAAAGAAUGAUCUUUGUUUCUUGUCCUCAAAAUAACUAAAAAUGACAUUAUAGCAAAUAAUGUUGGGGGAAAAAAACCUGAUUGGUGAUUUUUGGAAAAAGCUUAUAAUUCACCUGAAUACAUAUGCAUUUUUAUGGAGAAUAAAAUGUAAGGUUUCAUUUUAAUGUUCUAUAUCAUCCUCAUUUCAUGCUGCUAUAGUUUAUCAAAGGAAUUUGCUUUAAUUCACUUUACAACAGAACCGUAUUUUAUCCUUCCAGCUUCUUAGGCAUUGUAUCUUCCUAAUUAUUAUGUGUAAAGUUUAUUUUAAUCUUAUUUUUCACCCCACUAAAUAUGAGCCCAUCCUAAAAAAAGUAAGAUGAAGCUGUCUGAUUAUUA